AAAUGAUCGAUGCCAUCAUUGAAACACAGAGUAGAAACUCCUAACUCCGACAAAAAGAAAAGGAAUUUCGCUAUCCGUCGACUUUCAGAUGAAGCGAUUCUUACAAAAAGCCGCUCAUCAUUAUCAGCACACUGUGCAGCAGGGAGAUUUGAAGCCAGUUGAUUUGGACCCACGAAUCGUAAUCCACUAUGGUAUCCCAUCUACAGCAUCUAUUCUUGCUUUUGAUCCUAUUCAGCGACUCCUGGCCAUUGGUACAUUGGAUGGCAGGAUUAAGGUAAUUGGUGGUGAUGGUAUCGAAGGGAUUCUCAUAUCUUCAAAGCAACUGGCUUAUAAAAACCUAGAGUUUCUUCAAAACCAGGGUUUUCUAGUCAGCAUCUCAAAUGAAAAUUAUAUAGAGGUCUGGAAUCUGGAGAAAAGGUGUCUGGCUUGUUGUUUACAAUGGCACUCCAACAUAACUGCUUUCUCUGUAAUACGUGGUUCACACUUCAUGUACAUCGGAGAUGAGUAUGGGUUGACGUCUGUUCUGAAGUACGAUGCUGAAAAUGAGAAACUUCUGCAGUUGCCCUAUAAUAUUCCUGCAAGUUCACUAAAUGAAGCAGCUGGAUUUUCAUCUUCUGACUAUCAAGUUGUAGUUGGAAUUCUUCCGCAACCUUGUUCAGAAAAUAGAGUUCUAAUCGCAUACGAUAAUGGAUUGAUAUUUCUAUGGGAUGUUUCUGAAGCUCAAAUUUCUUUUGUCAGAGGUGGCAAUGAUCUUCAAUUGAAAGAUGGAGUCAAUCCUCCAAGGGAAGCGAAUGCUAACUUUUUAGAAGACGGAUCUGAAUAUAAUCUACGAGACAAGGAGAUUAGUUGUCUUUGUUGGGCAUCUUCUGAUGGAUCCAUUCUUGCAGUAGGAUACAUAGAUGGAGAUAUCUUGUUUUGGAACACAUCCUAUGCUGCCUCUACAAAGCGACAAAAAACUGGGUCGAGCAAGAAUAUAGUUAAGCUACAGUUGUCAACUACUGAGCGGAGACUGCCUGUUAUCGUCUUACAUUGGUCAAGAAGUAAUAAAUCCUGUAGCAGCAAUGGUCAACUAUUUAUAUAUGGAGGUGAUGAAAUAGGAUCUGAAGAAGUUCUUACGAUUCUAAGUCUUGAAUGGUCAUCUGGAAUGGAUGUUUUAAAAUGUGUUGGUCGUGUGGACCUUAUUCUCAGUGGCUCCUUUGCAGAUAUGAUUUUGUUACCCAACACUGGAGCAACUGAGGAUAAUCACCAAGCUACUCUUUUUGUAUUGACAAACCCUGGACAACUUCAUCUUUGUGAUGACAGUAGCUUGUCUGCCUUACUUUCACAGCAAGAGAGAAAACGAUCUGUCUGUACUAUGGAGUUUCCAGCUGUAAUUCCAACAGCUGAUCCAUCAGUUACUGUGGCAAAGUUCAGUAUCUUACCUGCAGGUGGGAACUCAUCAAAAGGUCUCUCAGAGAUAGCCUCGACGACGAUACUUCGCUCAACAUUGACUCUGCCUGGUGUUAAGAAGUGGCCCCUUACUGGGGGUGUGCUCAAUCACUCUGCCAUUAAAGAAAACAGUAUAGAGAGAUUGUAUAUAGCAGGUUACCAAGAUGGAUCGGUUCGGAUGUGGGAUGCUACAUAUCCAGUUCUAUUUCUUACCUGUGUUGUAGAAGCCGAGGUGCAAGGUAUAAAGGUGGCUGGUUUGGGUACUCCAGUAACAGCUUUGAACUUCUGCUUCAUCAGUUUAAUUUUGGCUAUUGGCAACGAAUGUGGUUUGGUUUGUAUUUACGAUCUAAAUUGCAGUUUGGAGAAGACAUGCUUUUGCUAUGUUGGAGAAAGCAAACAUGAAGUUUAUCAUUUGCCUCAACAUAAAGGACCAUCAUAUAGAAGUAUUUUUGGUCUUACGAAUUCCCCAGUUCAAGCGUUAGAAUUUUCAAAUAAUGGAGCAAAGCUUGCUGUGGGAUUUGAAUGUGGUCGUAUAGCCAUGCUUGAUGUGAAUUCAUCAUCAAUAUUAUUCUUUUCUGGCUGUGGUACAAGUACACCUAUCAUGUCGAUUACCUGGAAAAAUAACAUUCCAAAAAGCUUAGAAAAUUCGGGAAAACAAUUUCCAGACAACUCUGCAGCGGAUGCAAUGUUUGUCUUAACUAAGGAUGCUAGUGUUACCAUUAUUGACCCUUGUUCUGGUAGCAUGAUGAGCUCUCGUCCAUUGCAUCAGAAGAAAGAAAUGCUUGCUAUUUCAAUGUAUAUUAUAGAGGGCAAUACUUCUCUUGAAAGUGAUCCACAUGAAAAAGGACAUCAUUUCUCUUCAGAAACUGAGGAUGGUGACAGAUCAGCAGAUGGAGUAAUUUUAAUAUGUUGCGAGGACCAACUGCGCUUGCAUUCUAUAAAAUCUGUGAUACUGGGGAACAAUAAAACCAUUCAUAAAGUAAAGCAUACAAAACCAUGCUGCUGGACCACAACUUUCAAGAAAGAUGGAGAAGUUUGUGGACUGGUCUUGUUCUUUCAGACUGGAAUUAUUGAGAUCAGAUCCUUGCCAGAUUUAGAAUUGGUGAAAGAAACAUCUUUGAUGUCAAUUCUAAACUGGAAUUUCAAGGUAAACAUGGAUAAGACAAUGAGCUCUUCUGAUCAUGGGCAUAUUACACUGGCAAAUGGAAGUGAAGUAGCAUUCAUAUCUCUGUUAGUUGGGGAGAACGAUUUCAGGAUUCCCGAUUUUUUGCCUUGUCUCCAUGACAAGGUUCUCGAAGCUGCUGCUGAUGGUGACACAAGUUUCUUUCCAAACCACAAGAGGAAUCAGGGUGUUGCACCUGGGAUUCUUGGUGGUAUUGUCAAAGGAUUUAAAGGAGAAAAAGUGGAUAUAACUGCAAUUUCUGAAUCCAAAUUCAGUCAUUUGGAGAGUAUAUUUUUGAAAUGUCCAUUUUCAGCCAUUUCUCCCAUUAUUACAGAUAAUCAGGAAAUCUUGGAGCUUAAUAUAGGUUCGUCUGUUUUUAUCUCACUGUUCUUUAUAUUGUCUGGAUCCUCUAAGAGUGGGGUUUUUUUUUUUGUUAAAGAUGACAUUGAAAUAGAUGAAACUCCACCCACGGUGAUUUCUUCACAUGAAAGUGAGCAAAGGAAGAGGAGUAAAAUGAAGGGAAAGCGAGGAGAUAAAGAGAAAUUAUUAGGGGUGUCAGAUCAUCCAGAACCCAGAGUGAGGACAGCUGAAGAAAUCAUUGCUAAAUAUAGAAAAUCUGGGGAUGCCUCUUCAGCAGCUGAACAUGCCAGGCACAAACUUGAGGAGAGACGGGAAAAACUGGAGAGGAUAAGCAAACGCACUGAAGAGCUGCAGAGUGGCGCUGAAAACUUCGAGUCAUUGGCAAAAGAACUUGCCAAGGCAAUGGAAAAUCGAAAAUGGUGGCAGUUAUGAAGUCUACUACAGUUUUCUGGUGAUUCAGUUGAUGACAGCUCGUCUGCAUUCUUCAAACAUGGGUGAGCUCCCUUAAAAAUUUGUCUGUUGUUUUCCUUUUGUUUCUCAAAGAAAUUGCAUUGUAUUUGUACAGUUCAAAUCGGAUGCUAAAAAAAGAAAAUUCACAUGGUGAAGGUAUCAAAUCCUCGGCAUUGUUUGAGAGAAAUAAUUUAUAUUUGAAGAUCCAUUUUAUUUUGUCAUUUAGAAUGAGAAAUUGAUGAUUUAAUUCUGUUUCCUUGCUAAUCUUUCCAAUUUCGCUUUUAGGUAUGGGAUAUUUGAUUCAUGAAUUUCACUCAUGUAAAGAGAUUUGAAAUAGUCCAUUAUCUAUUGUUAUUUUGGAACAUAAAUUAUGUUUGGUUGAGAA